UGCAUGAGAUAAUGGUCUAAGAGGAAUUUCAGAGUUGAGAUGAUGUGAAGUGAAUAGUUAUGGCUGAUAGAAAGAGCAAGGGUUUGAAUAUCCAUAAGUAGCCAGUUGAAAUAGAAUGAAGGUGAACAUCACAGAAUUAGAAGAUGGAUAAUUGAUGAACCGGGAGGCAAGGAUUUUGAAGGGACACCCACAUAUUUGGCAAAGGAUGAGGGAACAAGAGUUCACUCCUGGGCUUCAGCUAUCUGAGAUUAAGCUUCUUCAAAAAAAAAAAUGAUUAAACCAAGAUGAAGUCUCCUGAUCACAUCAAACUCAGAAGAUAUAGCCAUUACCCUACUCUCACCUGAGGGCUCAUUGCUGUCCAUAUCCUAGCAGGAGUUCUUGCCACAAGAGGAAGCAACUAAGGAACCCCUGGCUAGAUCAGUAUCAGGGCAAUAACUCUAUGAAAUGUCAAUUUUGUUACCCUGAAACUGGGAUAUAGAAAGGCUUAAUGAUUGUUAUCCAGCAAUCCAGAUGGUGAGGAGGUGUCAUCAGGGCCCACUAAGUCAUCCUAAAUUAAGACAAUGACUUUCAUGUGUUUUCAAUGAGUUACUCCCUUAAUGAAUUAUGCUGGUGAGUGGGUUCAGAAAGAGAAAUAAUCAGCCCCGUGGUGAUUGGGUCACUCAACACUCAUCUGGACUGCCCUUCAGACAAGUGUAAAUUUGCUGUUGCUGCUCCACAAAGAUGCUUUUCAUCUUGAACUUUCUGUUCUCCCCACUUCCAACACCAGUGGUGAUUAGUCUACUGACCGUUGGAAUCACCGUCUUCCUAUGGCUGGUUAACAAACCUCGGCCAGUCUGUCCCCUUGUGGACUUGGAAAAGCAGUCAGUGGGAGUUCAGGGAGGAGCCAGGCGGGGUGCUGUGCAACGCAAUGAUGACUUUAUCAACUAUUACUAUUCUGAUGCCACAACAGUGUAUGAAGUUUUCCAACGAGGACUUCGUGUUUCUGAUAAUGGACCCUGUUUGGGAUCUAGAAAACCAAAUCAACCAUACAGAUGGCUCUCUUACAAACAGGUAUCUGAUAGGGCAGAGUACUUGGGCUCCUGUCUUCUGUACAAAGGAUACAAGCCAUCACCAGACCAAUUUGUUGGCAUCUUUGCUCAGAAUAGACCAGAGUGGAUCAUUGCAGAACUUGCCUGCUACACCUACUCAAUGGUGGCUGUUCCCCUCUAUGACACUCUGGGAGCUGAAGCCAUAGUGUACAUCGUUAACAAAGCGGAGAUUGCAACAGUGAUCUGUGACACACCCCAGAAGGCAAAUGUUCUACUGGAGAAUGUUGAGAAGGGGCUCACCUUAGGGUUGAAGAUGAUAAUCCUCAUGGACCCCUUUGAGGAUAGCCUUAAGGAAAAAGGGGAAAAGCUUGGAGUCGAUAUCUUAUCACUAUAUGAUGCUGAGACUCUGGGCAAAGAGAAUUUCAAAAAACCUGUGCCUCCCAAACCUGAAGACCUCAGCAUUGUAUGCUUUACCAGUGGAACAACAGGUGAUCCCAAAGGAGCCAUGCUGACACACCGAAAUGUCGUUGCAAACUCUGCAUCUUUUCUUAAAUGUGUUGAGAAUGUUUUUAUGCCCACAUGUGAAGAUGUGACAAUAUCAUACCUUCCUCUGGCUCAUAUGUUUGAAAGAGUUGUACAAGCUGUUGUUUAUACCGUGGGUGCUAAAGUGGGAUUCUUCCAAGGAGACGUCCGGCUCUUGCCUGAUGACAUGAAAACCCUACAGCCAACUGUGUUCCCAGUGGUUCCUCGACUUCUCAACAGAUUGUAUGAUAAGGUACAUAGUGAAGCCAAGACACCAUUCAAGAAGUUUAUGUUGAAUCUGGCCAUCUCUGCGAAAUUCAGUGAAGUAAAGCAAGGCAUUGUCCGGCAAGACAGCAUCUGGGAUACACUCAUAUUUAAAAAGGUCCAGGCAGGUGUAGGUGGGAAGGUACGUUUAAUGGUUACUGGAGCUGCACCUAUUUCCUCCCCAGUCUUGGUAUUCCUCCGAGCUGCACUGGGCUGCCCGGUAUAUGAGGCUUAUGGUCAGACUGAAUGUACAGCUGGAUGCACAUUUUCAUCACCUGGGGACUGGACGACAGGUCAUGUUGGAGCUCCCUUGGCCUGUAAUGAAGUAAAACUUGAAGAUGUAGUAGACAUGAACUACUUCUCAGUGGAUGGAGAAGGAGAGAUCUGCAUCAGAGGCACCAAUGUGUUCAAAGGUUACCUGAAGGAUCCCGAGAAAACAGCUGAAACUCUUGACAAAGAUGGUUGGCUUCAUACAGGAGACAUCGGCCGUUGGUUACCAAAUGGUACCCUGAAGAUCAUUGACAGAAAGAAGAACAUCUUUAAGCUGGCUCAAGGAGAAUACAUUGCCCCAGAGAAGAUAGAAAAUGUGUAUAUCAGGAGUGGUCCAAUAUCCCAAGUUUUUGUACAUGGAGAUAGCUUACGGUCCUCUUUAGUGGGUGUGAUUGUUCCUGAUCCAGAUGUAUUGCCUAAGUUUGCAGCAAAAUUUGGGGUCCAAGGUUCCUAUGAGGACCUCUGCCUAAAUGGGCUUGUAAAGAAGAACAUUUUGGAAGACAUGCUGAAAAUUGGCAGAGAGGGUGGACUCAAGUCAUUUGAACAAGUCAAAGACAUCUACAUUCACCCAGAAGCAUUCUCUAUUGAAAAUGGACUCCUGACACCGACAUUGAAGGCAAAGAGGGCAGAGCUUGCCAAAUACUUUCGGAGUCAAAUUGAUAACCUUUAUGAAAUUAUCAAGGAAUAGCUUGAGGUACUUCUGGCUGAAGGGGACACUGAGGCAGUCUAACUGCUCAUUUAUCGUGCUGCUUUCUGUGAGGUAGAUGAAAAAUUUUAGGUGCUUUUUUGGAUGACUUGACACAUCCAACAAUGAAAAUCUGAUGAUCUUUUCAGUGAAGAGGAGAAACUCCUGAUCUGGGAUUUUAAUCUUUUCCCAAAUUAUGCUGCUAUUAUGGGUGUAUUUAAUAAUGUCUUAAGUGUGCCUUCAAGGUCUGAGUCCCACUUCCAAGCUUUCUGGUUUAUUAUAAUCGUCCUUGUUCCUUCAGGUAAUUCUAAUUGAAUAAUAGCUCUAACAAUUGGGUGCUCUGAUGCAACACUAAAAGUACCUUUUCCCCUAAGGAAAUUUAACUGCUUGGUCACUAAAACCAUUGAAGUUAAAAUGUUUAAAUACAACUAUAGACUUCUCUGAGAUUUUUAAAUAUACCAGUAGAUUUUCAUUUCUGAUUGGCUGGGCAUCAAGGGAAGUACAUUUUUAUAUCUAUUCAGUUUUUUGGAUCAGAUUUCUGGUCAAACACAGGCCACAGUUGUGGCUGAAGUUUGAAGUGGUGGGGGCAUCAGUAUUCUUCAAUAAUGUCUGGCCCAUGACAUAUUGCUUCUCAUAGGGAUAAUCACUUCAAAAUGUUGUCCUCUAUGUUGCUCUUUACUGUAGUAGCCUAUGACUACAUCUCCUUGCAGUGUGUUGCUGACCUGGAAGCUACAAAGGAAAUAAAAGUACUCUUUCAAGCAAAUCCUAGGUAAAAACCAAACUAGGAAUGAAGAUCCACUGCCAAGUGAGAUGCAUCGUACCAAUCCAACUCCCCAGAGAUUAUAUAUGUUAAUCCUCCUCAUAAAUGUAAACCUUUUACAAUAAAAUAUUGCAAAUGUU